CAAGAAUCAAUAUUUCAAGAUCUUCUAUUAGAAGAAAUUAAUUUCAAAAUGGAUACUGUGUGGAUUUUCAUGAUCUUAAAAUGCUACUUAUUCAUAGAGAUCACCACCAUUUGUAAUGCAGAGACUGUGAUAUCAGCGUUACACCACGAGCGUUUGAUUUACAUAGAGCGAGAACUAAUUCAACUUGUUGAAAAAGUUCUAAAAGAUGGUAAUGCAGAAGAUGCUCCAGAUGAGAAUACGCCACGUAUUCGCAGGUUUAUUGAUACAGUUAACGAAGAGAAUACAGAAGCAUACAAUGAGCUACCUAUUUACACUCACCACCCAUUGAAUGUUCUUCGUAUUGUUCACCGCCUCGUUAAUGUUUGGCCGCAAUAUACAAAAAACAUUAAAGCCCUUUCUUCCUGUACCUCGGUCAUCUCAUCAACUAUCGACAACCUGCUAGGUCAGAUUACCAAGGACUGGCUAGCCAAAAUUGCCUACUCAAUAUCAAAAACAAAACAACUAUACAACAUCGAACUCAAUAGCAUCAUAGAUGGUGAUGUAAAUGGACACAUUACAUCGAGAAAAUUAGGGCUAGACGAAUACCAAAUACUCGCACGCGCUGCUCACCAAAAAGAAGAUUAUGCAGAAGCCAUCGAGUGGUAUGAAGCACUUCUUGACGCACAUAGAAAGUCUGGUGUAAAGUUCAAUACAACAAAAUUACUCAAUACGCUUUCAUCAUGUUACAUAAAAAAUAAUCGUAUUCAAGAUGCUACAGAAGCGAUCCAGGCAGUUCUUGAAGUGGAUCCUAAUAAUGCGCGCGCAUUAUCCAACGAAGUGUAUGUUGCUCAAUUGGGUACUGCUCGAUCUGAGUCAGGAACUCCGACGGCAGAGAAACGGGAUUACAAGUAUGAGCAACUUUGUAGUGGUAACCUUAAAAAGCCUGAUACUGUGCAAAGGAAGUUGAAGUGCUACAAUAAAGAGACCGGUGUUUUCCUUCGCAGUAAAGUCGAGGUUGUGAAUAGGCGUCCUUUGGUCGAGAUCUACCAUAAUGUAAUAGAUGACCACUCUUUAGAUGAAUUAGUUAACGAUUCUGCAAAGAGACUUUAUGGAGUCAUCGUCGAUGAAAAUGGUUACACAAGUGAUUCAUUCAGAGCUGUGUACAGAGCUAACCGAUUUUACACUCGUUUGGUAACACGACCAUUGUUUUACGCCACUCAACAAGCGAAAUGGUUAAACCAAGCAUUAUUAGUGACGAAUUAUGGCAUAGGGGGUGGAGAGGAUCCAUAUGUACAUUUAUAUCAGGAAGAUACGCUGGGACUUGUCAUAACUAGAGCAAUCAUAUUUUUAAACGAGGUCAAAGAUGGAGGAGACUUUCUUUUACCAAUGACAGAAACUAAAAUAACCCCGAAGAAGGGAUCUGUGGUUAUAUUUAAACAAACAGACAAAUAUGGCAAGAUACGAAAGAAAACGUCUGUAUUUGCCGAAUGUCCCCUUAUUUAUGGUUCGAAAUGGGUUGCCUGGGCUACGUUUACAGAGGAACCUGAAAAAGCACCUUCGAGGUGGUCGCUAUGGAGAUGAAACACUGCUAUUCUUGAUUUACUAUUUGAAAACAACAACAUUUAUGAACAAUAAUUAUUCGUAAUUCACACAUGUAUUUCAAGUAUUGAUAAUUGUGAGUGAUUUCAAAUUUCAUGAUCUACGACAAUACCUGUCAUCAUAUAUUUAGAAGUGCAUCCUACAUAUCCUAGGCAUAUUUGUCUAUUUAGUAUGAUAUGGGACUGAUUUAAAACAACGAUUUUACUGACUGUUUAGCUUUGAUAUAUCCCUUGCUUAAUUUUGAGAUGACACUUCAAAUCACAUUUCUCAAAUUACAUUUUAGGGGGUAUAAUGCGUCAGUGUGCGUGUAUUUUUUAUUAAAGUAUCGUUCAGUUCAAAAUUUGCUCUAAAUGUCGUCUAUUCCUUUGCAGACACACAUGGAUUCUUCACAAAAAUACCACCCAGCUUUUGUAACAUAACUUUG